AUGGCCUCAGCGCAUCAACCGAAAGGCCGAGGUCGUUCUCGACAACAAACUAAUGCUUUAGAAUUAACAAUACCAAUAGCGCCAGGGGUCAAUGUCGCUACAACUUCUGAUUCUGUAGAGCUAUUAACUACGUCUCAAACAACUACUAUGAGUGGUCGUGGUCGCGGUAAAUAUCUAACACGAAAACCCGUAGUUCCUGAACCUCAUAUGACAAUAGACAUCGAUUCGUCUAAUUCCCCUUGGAAAGUAUCCGAUUUAAAUAAUCAUCAAUUCUGGUCGAAUGAGCGACCGUUAAAACCACUUGAACUGGGAACGCUUGGUCAGCCAAUAAAACUUUGGGUCAAUUAUUUUUCAGUUGUUCAAUUUCCACACAAAGGUUUUGUCUAUCAAUACCAUUUUAUAGCUGAAAACAAAAGAAAGACAUGCAUUCCACGUAUACAGCGACGAGCUUUAUAUAAAUCUUGGUUGCAAAGUUUCUAUAAAAAGCAUCCUCAAAUAAACCCAUGCAAAAUUGUGUUUGAUAAUCAGAAGAUAAUCAUUACAUACGAAGAACCAUUACCAAAUAUUGACGAAUUUGGAAUAACAGAACCAAUAAUGGGAAUAAAUCGAGCUAAUCGUUCUGAAGAAUAUAACAUCUCUGUCAAACGAGUAGGCAAUGCAAUCGAUUUAGCUUCUCUCGCUUCGUUUAAAGAAAUAUACGAACCAAGCACAGAGAAUAACCUUAAUACUGAUGAUCUUCAAAAUAUUAGACAAGUUCUUUCAAUUGCACUUCAUGAACACUGUUCAUCAACAGCUGAUUAUAUUUAUAAUCGAGCAUUUUUCAGAAAUCCAUCACCAAAAACACUUGGCUAUUGGGAUCUUGGUUUAGGAAAAGCUACAUGGCGCGGUUUCUACUCAUGUCUUUUAUUUACCAAUGGUUCACAACGAUUAUUUAUGAAUCUUGAUGUCAGUCAUGGAAUUUUUCAAAAGAAACAAUCAUUUCUCGAUUUUCUUCGUGAUGUUAUGCUUCAUAGUCCAUGUGGUAAAUACCAUUAUCGUCAUAAUCGUAAUAUUAAAAAGGCAUAUAUCAACGAUGUACUUGAAUUUUUUGAUCGAAAUGUUAAUAAUGCGUAUUAUGCUGGUGAAAUUGACUAUCUACUAAAGAAUUGCAAAGAUCUUUCUGUUCGUUCGUAUGUAUCAGAUAGAGUAAUUGGCUAUAAAAUCUCUAGUUUAGGUGAAUCAGCAUCAACUCAAACGUUUAAAUGGAAUGAAAGAGAUAAUAAUUUGAUUACAGUGGAAGACUUUUAUAUGAAAAAAUAUGGAAUUGAAUUAGAAUAUCCAUCAUUACCUGUAGUGACAAUGCGCAAUGGAUCAUUUUUACCAAUGGAAUUUCUGGGUGUUGAGCCAGUUCGAGUCAAAAAGAUUACUGAUGAACAGCGAGCAAUGGUUUGUCAAAAGUCAUCAUUGAAUCCUUCGGAUUAUUAUCAGUCAAUCAUAAGUGUUCGUAAUAAUACUGAAGAGCAAUAUUUCGAGAACGAUCCGUUUAUUGCUGCAUGGAAUCUUCAGAUCGAUCCUAAGAUGCAUAUAACAUCUGCUCGUAUUAUAGCUCCACCCAAAAUCAUCUAUAAUUCGAGAUAUCAAGUAUCUCCUCAAAGUUGUUUACCACAAAGUGUCUGGAAGAAUACAAAUACUGAAUUUUAUAAUCCAGCGAGUUUUCCUUCUGUAUGGGCCAUGAUUAAUUUAUCAUCAACAAUGACUGAGCAAGCAUGUCUCGAAUUCCGCAAGAAUCUUCGUAAUAUUGCCUAUGAGCGAGGUAUAGAUUGUCCUGCACCAGUUAUCUGUGAAGAAUUCAACCUUCAACAAUAUUCAAUUAAUCAGCUAAUUAUUGCACUUCAAGAUAUGAUGAGAGAAAAUAAUGAUUGUAAAUUUUUCUUAGUCAUCCUACCAGAAAAUAGUGAUGCCAGCGAUCGAACAUACGGUGAAAUAAAAAAACUGUGCGAAUUAGAAAAUGGUUUUGGAAUCGUUACUCAAAUGAUACAAGUCGGUAAAAAACCAUGGAAUUAUUCAAAACUAAAUAAUCUUUUGUUAAAAAUCAAUACGAAAUUAAAUGGAAUUAAUUCUAUUCUUGAUGUUCCCGAAGUUAUCAAAAGUUUUUUUGAACGUGGACAUCAUAUAAUGUAUGUUGGUAUUGAUUUAAGUCAUGGAGCACCUGGUUUAAGUAGAGGACGCUCUACUGUAGCUGUUGUUGCAUCCGCUGAUGAUGUCCCUAGUCGAUAUUUUAAAGAAGUUUAUCUACAAGAACGACCAUCAGACACACGAAGAGAAAGUUGGGAAUAUGUUGUUGAUAUGAAACAGAUUAUGAAAUCUCUUAUUAUGCAAUACUAUGAAAAACAUCAAAAUCAUCCACCAAAAGCUAUUGUUAUCUAUCGUGAUGGAAUAUCAACUAGUGAAUUUGAUACUGUAUUUGAAAAAGAGUUGACCGCAAUACGUGAAGCUUGUGUUGAAUUAUCAUCAGUCUAUCGACCUAAACUUACUUAUAUUGUUGUGAAUAAAAGACAUCAUACAAGAUUUUUUCCGGAAAAAGAUGGAGAUAAUGUUACAGCUGGUACUGUUGUUGAUUCAGAUGACGUCACAAAUCCAACAACAUAUAGCUUCUUUUUGAAUAGUCAUCAUUCAGAUAAGGGAACAAGUCGUCCAACAUAUUAUCAUGUUUUAUAUGAUGAUAAUAAACUAAAACCAGAUGAAGUUCAAAUGUUAACGAAUGCAUUAUGUUAUACAAGUGCUCGUUGUACUCGUUCAAUAUCUAUUCCAGCACCAGUUAAGUAUGCUGAUUUAUUAGCUUUUCGUGCUAAUUAUUAUGUAAAUAUCAAUGAAGCACCAAAUACAAAAUCAACGGAUCAAGAAACGAGCAUUCCGAUCAAUCAAUCGGUAGAUGUUAACAAUACGAUAAAAAGUCAACGUAUUGUAUUAAGUUCCAAAUUGGAAAAUGACUGUUCUUAUUUUUUGUAA